ACGGCAGAGGGGACGCAAAGGCGUACAUCGGCUGGAGGUCGUGUAGGAUUUUUGUCAGAGCUUUUGGUGCGAUGUGCGGGCAUACAUGCCACCACCGCGUAGAGAAGGAGGGGGGCACUGUCUGGCUAUAAGAAACGGAAAGGAGAGAGGGGGAGCCAGAAAGACCGGGAUAAGUUCAGCACCACGGACAGCGCGUCGUAGUGCUGGACAGGGGAAAUUACUUCAGUGGAUUUGAGACGCGCACUGUCACGCUUCCCUGAACUACUGGAGCCUGCACUGUAGACUAUAUUCCCACACAGUCGUUCUCGUCUUUCGCGUGUUGUUGUUUUUGUUUAUUUGAAGUCAAUAGGGAGGCGAAUAGCGAGAGAGCUGCAGGGGAUAGAGCGUUCCGUUCGCAAGCGCAGGGCAGCCUGUUUGUCUGCGCGAUCCUUACAUCAUCUCUUUAUUGGAGAGACAGAAACAGGGAGAGGGAGAGGGAAGAUCGAGAGAGAGAGAGAGAGAGUCCGUGCAGCGAGCCUCCUCUCCGCCAGUCCUCAACUGCGAAGCAACGCUGACAGAACGACUGGCGUUACCGCCACUCAGCUGUGCGUCCCCUCUCCCAUUCUGAGCUCGCACCAGCCGUGAAGAUGCGCCGGCACCGUCCUGCCCGGGGAUUGAUGUUUUUAUCGCCGCUCGUUUUGUGGAUUUUCUCCCAUGUCAGCGGUGCACACGGAGCUCUCCCAACAACCCAGAAGUGCGAUGAAGCCCUGGCCUCUCCACUGCCUCACACGGCCUUCACCAGCUCAUCUGUCUUCUCCAAUGGCUACGCACCUGGAUAUGCCAAGCUCAACAGGAGAGGAGGUGCUGGUGGAUGGUCACCUCUGGACAGUGAUCACUACCAGUGGCUACAGGUGGACCUCGGCUCUAGAAAGCAGGUGAGCGCCAUAGCGACGCAGGGCCGCUACAGCAGCUCCGACUGGACGACGCAAUACCGCCUCCUCUACAGCGACACAGGAAGGAACUGGAAACCGUAUCACCAAGAUGGAAACAUCUGGGCCUUCUCUGGGAACUCCAACUCAGAAAGUGCCGUUCGCCACGAGCUACAGCCGGGAAUCGUGGCUCGCUUCCUCAGGCUCGUCCCGCUAGACUGGAGCGAGGAGGGGCGCAUCGGACUACGUAUUGAAGUCUAUGGAUGCUCAUACUGGUCGGACGUCAUCAACUUCGAUGGGCAGGGUGUGAUCUCAUAUCGUUUCAAGGUGAAGAAAAUGAAAAUCAUCAAGGAUGUGAUCGCGCUGAGGUUUAAAACAUCAGAAAGCGAAGGUGUGAUUCUCCACGGGGAGGGCCAGCAGGGAGACUACAUCACCCUGGAGCUACGCAAGGCCAGACUUCUGCUGCAGAUAAACCUGGGUAGCAACCAGUACGGCUCCAUCCUCGGCCACACCUCCGUGACCACCGGCAGCCUCCUGGACGACAACCACUGGCACUCCGUGGUGAUCGAACGCUACCGCCGCAACGUGAACUUCACCUUGGACAGACACACCCAGCACUUCCGCACCAACGGGGAGUUUGACCACCUCGAUUUGGACUACGAGUUAAGUUUUGGGGGGAUGCCGUACAGUGGGAAGCCCGUGGGAGGAGGAAGGAAGAACUUUAAGGGCUGCAUGGAGAGCAUCAACUACAAUGGAGACAACAUAACAGACCUGGCCCGGCGAAAGAAGCUCGACACCUCCAGCUUUCGGAACCUGUCCUUCUCUUGCGUGGAGACCCACUCCUUCCCAGUGUUUUUCAAUGCAACCAGCUUCCUUCAGCUGCCAGGUCGGGCCAAUCACGACGUCAUAUCGGUGGGCUUCCAGUUUCGAACGUGGAACUCCAACGGACUCCUGCUCUUCAGCAAUCUUGAUGACGGCACGCUGGAGGUCUCCCUUGAGGACGGCAAGAUUAAGGUUCAUGUCAACGUGUCCAGGGCGUCCAGAAACUACUUGGUGGACCUAUUAUCAGGAUCAGGCCUCAAUGACGGCCAGUGGCACGCGAUUCGCCUGGUCGCCAAGGAGAACUUCGCCAUGCUGACGAUAGAUGGCGAGGAGGCGUCCGCCGUGCGCUCCACCUCACCUCUCAUCGUCACCACGGGAGGAACCUACCACUUGGGAGGGUAUUUUCUGCAGACGCUGUUCCCGCCAUCCCAGCGUUCGUUUCAGGGCUGCAUGCAGGCGAUCUUGGUGGAUGAUCAACCUGCUGAUCUGCAUGCGGUGGAGGCGGGCAGAGUGGGAGCUUUUGAAAAUGUCAGCCUGGACAUGUGCGCGCUCCUAGACAGGUGCAUGCCUAAUCACUGUGAGCACGGCGGCCGCUGUAAACAGACCGGGGACAGCUUCAGCUGUACCUGCGAUGGAACAGGAUACGCCGGAGCCACCUGCCACACUUCUAUCUACGAGCCUUCGUGUGAAGCUUAUAAGCACCUGGGAAGGUCUUCUGACACGUACUGGGUGGACCCUGACGGCAGCGGACCCCUCGGCCCCUUCAAAGUCAACUGCAACAUGACAGAGGACAAAGUGUGGACAACAGUUAUAAACAACCUGCCGCCAAAAAUAGGUGUCACUGGCUCGAGCAGAGAGAGACGAACCGUCCUACAAGUCAACUACAGUGCCUCUAUGGACCAGGUGACAGCCAUCACCACCAGUGCAGAGUACUGUGAGCAGCAAAUCGCCUACAGCUGUCGCAUGUCCAGACUGCUCAACACUCCAGAUGGGACCCCCUUCACGUGGUGGGUGGGCCGGGGCAGCGAGAAGCACUUCUACUGGGGAGGCUCAGCGCCUGGCAUCCAGAAGUGUGCCUGUGGCAUCGACAAGAACUGCGUCGACCCCAAGUACGACUGCAACUGUGACGCGGACUUCAGACAAUGGAGAGAAGACUCUGGUCUCCUCGUGUACAAAGAACACCUGCCAGUGAGCCAGGUUGCCGUGGGUGACACCAACAGACAGGGCUCCGAGGCCAAGCUAACAGUUGGACCACUUCGUUGCCAAGGAGAUAAUGACUACUGGAACGCCGCAUCGUUCACCACCCCAUCAUCCUACUUGCACUUUGCCACCUUUCAGGGUGAGACCAGUGCUGACAUCUCCUUUUAUUUCAAAACCAGCGCCCCCUAUGGAGUGUUUCUGGAAAACCUGGGCAACACUGACUUCAUUCGCCUGGAGCUCAAAUCUCCGUUGACCGUCUCCUUUUCCUUCGAUGUUGGGAACGGACCAGUGGAGCUGACGGUGCACUCGGCCACGUCCCUCAACGAUGACCAGUGGCACCGCGUGGUGGCCGAGCGCAACGUCAAAGAAGCCGUCCUGCAGCUGGAUCAGACCUACCGGACGUCCCGGCUGGCUCCCGCGCAGGGUCACACGCGGCUGGAGCUGUUCAGCCAGCUCUACGUGGGGAAGCCGGCCUCGCUCACCUGCCAAGACAGUGCUGCAGGGGGGCAGAGAGGGUUCCUCGGAUGCAUCAGAGCCUUGCGAAUGAAUGGCAUCACCCUCGACCUGGAAGAGAGGGCCAAAGUCACGCCUGGGGUCAAACCUGGCUGCCAAGGCCACUGUACCAGCUUUGGGAUGUACUGCCGGAAUGGUGGAAAGUGUGUGGAGAAGUACAACGGCUAUCUGUGCGACUGCACCGCCACUGCCUACGACGGCCCAUCUUGCACAAGAGAUGUUGGAGGUUUCUUUGAGGCAGGCACACUGGUGAAGUACAACUUCAUGCCCGAAGCGGUUGCAGGGGCCAGCAGAGACAUGAAAGUCGUGACGCAUCAGCUGACGCCACAUGAAGCGAAUCUCACAAAGGAGGAGGUGGCAUUUAGUUUCAGCACAUCCAGCGCACCGGCUGUUCUCAUGUAUGUGAGCUCCAAGACGCAAGACUACCUGGCUGUGGUGUUGAGGCAGAAUGGUUCACUGCAGGUGCGGUAUAACCUGGGCGGUCUGAAGGAGCCGUUUGUUAUCGAUGUGGACCAGCGUAACCUGGCCAACGGGCAGCCACAUAGCCUUAACAUGUCCCGUAUGGACAGACGCGUCUCCAUCCAGUUGGAUCAUUAUCCUCCAGUCAGCUACAGCCUCCCAGACGCCUCAGACACUCAGUUCAACCUGGUCAAGACUCUCUUCUUGGGCAAAGUCUUUGAAACCGGACACGUAGACCCGGUCGUCAUCGAGCGCUACAACACCCCGGGUUUCGUUGGGUGUCUGUCACGGGUAGAGUUCAACGGAGUCGCCCCCCUCAAGUCUGCGCUGAAAACGGUCACACAGGCUCAGGUCACGCCGACACCUGGUCAACCAGACGCACAGCCUGCGGCCCCCUCACCUGUGUCGUACCAGGGGAAACUGGUGGAGUCCAACUGUGGGGCGUCGCCUCUCACCAUCCCACCGAUGUCUGCUGCAACAGAUCCCUGGCAUCUGGACAAAACAGAUGCAGAGUUCCCCUUCAAUGAGGAGAGAGUGAUUCCUGAUGGAGUCAACAGGGACUCCGCUAUCAUUGGAGGUAUCAUUGCAGUGGUGAUCUUCACCAUCUUAUGUACUCUGGUGUUCCUGAUCCGCUACAUGUUCCGCCACAAAGGCACCUACCACACCAACGAGGCCAAGGGCAGGGAGGAGUCGGCCGCCGAAUCGGCCGACACGGCCAUCAUCGGCACCGACAACCCCGAGACCAUCGACGAAUCAAAGAAGGAGUGGUUCAUCUAACAGCCGCUGAGGAGACUCUGAGAGACGCAGAAAUUUAUCAGGCCGUCAGUUGCCACAGAGACGGAGGGUGGGUUAAUUAAAAUGACCAAUCACAGGAGAGAUGGAGGAUUGGCUAUCCAAUAGGACAAUAAUCUCCUAGAGGAGGUGGGGAUAUUAAAAAGACAUGUACAGAAAUCUGUUUUGUUCGUUUUAGUUUUUUUAUAUAUCCAGAGUAUUAGAGAGAGAAAAGAGGGACACUUACUCAGCGGCGCAUCGCUAUAAGAGACUGUACAUGUAUAUACUAACCGGCUCGUCCUUCUUUGUAUCGUGCUUGGGAGUUUUCAGGAGUCCUUUGAAUACUGUAUAUGACAAAUAAUUAUACUUAACUGGGUUGUGUGAUAGCAGAGAUUUAUUGCCAGUCCCUGUUGCUUUUUGUUUUUAUAUUUUAACACAAAUCUUAUAUCAAAAAUGGUCAAAUCAACAUGACAAACCUUUUCUGUUUAAUUUUUUAUUUUUUUUUUUU